CAUCUAAAUAUUGAACAAAUCUGUCCACCAUAAAUUAAAUCAGUUGUGCACUUAAUUGGGAUCAAAUUUCAUAAUGCUCGAGUGUAGUUUUCUCCCACACAGUUCGACAGACACGCUGUCACCGGGAAAAAUGGAGAAUAAUCUAGUUGCGAUUCCUACUGCAAUCAAGCAUACACAGUCAAGGCUGGACUGGAUUAGUGUGUCAACAAACACCAUGGUCUAUUUCAGCCCUCACAUGCCUUUGUUGAUUACAUUUAUCUGUUCUUGUUCAAAAUAUACAUGAAGAAAUAUCCUUAAAUUUUCAACAGCUUAGGUUUCUUAGAGACUGAGAUUUUGCUUGCAAGGCCUUUUGCAUGUUUAUUUGAAGAGGGAGGCAUCCACAAAUCAUUUCCAUCACUGUAUAAAAAUAAAAAUGAUAGGAUUGAAAAGAAACAAAUGUAUGUCAGAAAUUGCAAAUAAGGCAUGGACAGGGAAAACAGAUCACAUUUUUCAAAAGCAGGCUACAUUGCAAACUUGGAAGAAGUGCCCUUUUCAAUUCAAUUAUUAACUAACGUACAUUUGUCUUUUAAGUUUGAGCUUAAUCCACUCGAGAUUCAUAAAACAGCAAAAUGACCUGGGACUCACUUAAAAGUUUAAAACUGUGCAAAAUGCACUAAAUGAAAUUAUAUAAAUACAAACACUACAAAUAACAUUCUACAUAAAACCAAACACUAUACAAGUGAAAGUAGAACUUAAUCUGACUGAAAAGAAUCUCAUAGUUUUGUUGCUACACCAUAACUUGUUCCAGCCAACCAGUUGAAAGAGCACGUCAUGAGCCAGUACAAAUUAAUGCACUGCAGUCUGCUUUACAGAACAGUCAACACAUCCCCUAUCACCAAUUCUUUCUGACAAAUUCAUGUUUCCUGCGCUGAAAUGUUAAGCAUUCAGUUCUUGCAGCAAUGACCUCAACUGCUUCAGAACUGCUUCAUUUCACACUACUCCAGGGCAAGAUAAAUGGACAUGGACAGGAAAGCAAAAAGCUCAAGUACUGCAUGGUGUGAGACACAAGACUAAAAUUCUAACAUGAACAAAAUUAAGUAUUUUUUGAUUUCACUUCCUGCUUUCAUGCUGAUGUACAUCAUAAUUUCUUAUAGUGGGAAACAUAUUGAACAACCUGAACAGCAGAACUGCACCAAGUAUUGUCCCGAAAUUUUACAAGGCAAAGAAACAGCAUUACAGGCUGGAGAACAGUGUGAAAAAGAGAAACCAAAAUUAUUUGACAUUCAAAUUCCAAAUCCAAUCAAUUGUUCCAAAAUCAAACUAGAACUUAACUUCAUAACAAGUUCUCUGUCAGAAGAAGAAGCUAACUAUCCUCUAGCUUAUAUUAUUACUAUCCACAAAGAAUUUGAAAUGUUUGUAAAACUACUGCGAGCAAUUUAUAGGCCAGAGAAUGUGUACUGCAUCCAUAUUGAUCAAAAGUCAUCAAAAGAUUACCAAAGAAAAGUAAAGAGCCUGUCUGACUGCUUUAAUAACAUCUUUCUGGCUUCAAAAAUGGAAUAUAUUGUUUAUGGUGGAUUCUCACGCCUACAGGCUGAUAUAAAUUGCAUGAAAGAUCUUGUAAACAAAACAGUUGCAUGGAAGGCAGUUAUCAAUCUCUGUGGACAAGACUUUCCAAUAAAAACUAAUAAGGAAAUUAUCUCGUAUAUAAAACACAAAUGGAGGGGCAAGAACAUUACACCUGGAAUACAACAACCAUGGUAUAUGAAAUACAGGACAGAGUACAGUUACAAAGAGAAGAUAAAAGACGGUGAAGCCAAAAUUUACCAGCUCAAGCAGACAAAAGAUGCACCACCAAUGGGUCUCACCAUUUAUUUCGGAACUGCAUACUACGUACUUACGAGACAAUUUGUGAAAUUUGUAUUGGAAGAUAAGCGAGCAAUCACACUCCUUGAGUGGUCUCGUGAUACAUACAGCCCUGAUGAACAUUACUGGGUGACACUGAAUCGCUUAAAGGAUGCACCUAAUACGAUCCCAAAUGUUACAUGGGAUGGUGACAUUCGAGCAGUUGUAUGGGCACCUCCUGCUGGACCCACAUUUGAUGGUUGCAAUGGACAUUACGCUAAUAACAUUUGUGUGUAUGGCCUAAGAGAUCUAAAAUGGAUCAUUCAACAGCCAGACAUGUUUGCCAACAAGUUUGAACAGACGACAAACCCUCUAACUGUGGCGUGCAUAGAGCAAUGGCACAGGGAACGUGUACUCAGUCAAACAUCAGAAAUCAUACAGUCACACUGGCACCUGAAGAAUUAA